GCGCCAUAAUCCUCAAGGCAACACGCUCAGCGACUCUCCGAGCUCAGUGACUGUCUGAGACUCUUCACCGGCACCGUCGCAAUCGCCGGAAACAGCCGCCAACGAAAUCCGAUUCAUCAAGAGUAAGAGAAGAAUGGAAAUUUUGGCACCGGAUAUGAAGACAGACGACAUGGCUAUUGAUGCUGAACACAAGGAUAUAGAAGUCGAUUUGUCGAAAUUAGGAGCUGUCAAUACAAUGCUUGCAGCUUUAUUCUGCAAAUUGGUUGCUCCUAUCAAGACUAUAAUUUCCGGCAAUGUAUUCGAAGAUGCACAGGAUAGUAAUGCUGCAGUCAGGCCUCUCCCUCUUGGAACAUCAGUUACUGGAAAGGUGAGGAGACAGUGUGCCCACUAUUUUGGCGUGACGAUCAGUGAGCAACAAGCCAAGUCGGGGAUUGUAGUGCGAGUUACUUCGUAUGGAAGAAACAGAUUUAAGUUGCUUUAUUUGGAGCAAGAUGCCAAUAAUGCUGGUUAUCGUUUGGUCUCACAGGAAGAUAGUAAGACGAUAAGCAAUGUACCAUCGGCAGGGAUGUAUUUUCUCCAUUUUCAAGUAUACAGAAUGGAUUCAACUUUGAAUGCAGCUCCAGCUGCAUUUUUUAAGAGUUUGGAAGGUGUCCACCCUUGUGAGGUCUCACAACUAAAGGCUGGUACUCAUAUAUUCGCUGUUUAUGGAGAUAACUUUUUCAAGAAAAGUCCUUACAAAAUCGAGGCACUUUGUGUGGAGCCAUCCAAUGAUAAAACACAUAAACUUAGAGAAGUCGAGGCUCAGAUUUUAAAAAAGAGAGAUGAAAUUCACGGAUUUGAGACAGAGUUCAAGGAGGCUUUGGCAAACUUUCAAGAAGUGACGAACAGAUACCCCCUUGAAAAACAAUCUGUAGAUGAGUUGCUGAAACAACGAGACGAUAUCUAUUCUUCUUACACUGUGGAGAACAAUUAGUAGAACAUCCUGGUUAAGAUUCAGAAGUUGAGAAGCCAAUAUCAUGGAGAUCAGUCAUCA